AUGAGCGCUGGGAGCGCGGGCUGCUCGGCGGGACUACUGCUGGCCGUCGGCUGGCUGCUCCUGGCGGGCCUCCAGUCCUCGUGUGGGACCAACGUCACCGCUGCCAUCCAGGAUCCCGGUUUGGGCCCCGACGGCCAGGCGGAGGCCGACGGCGAGGGCGAGGGCGAGGGCGAGGGCGAGGAGGAGGAGGAUAGCGACACCGAGGUGGCCGAGGAGGUCCCGGUUGAGGCCGCGGAGGACGUUUCGAACAAGACAAUAAUCAAAGAAGUAGAAUUCGGAAUGUGCACAGUCACGUGUGGUGUUGGUAUUAGAGAAGUUAUACUAACAAAUGGAUGCCCUGGAGGUGAAUCCAAGUGUCUUGUUCGGGUAGAAGAAUGCCGUGGACCAGUAGAGUGUGGGUGGGGUAGACCAAUUUCAGAAAGUCUUGAAAGUGCUAGACUGGCGUGUAUUCAUGUAUCUCCUGUAAAUCGUUUCAAAUAUGUGUGGAAACUUCUAAGGCCAGACCAACAGCCUGUUGUACUUACAAAUGAUUCAGCAGUCCUAGAAGUAAAAAGAGAUGUUCAUCCUAUGGCUUUCGAGUGUGAAACCCUGGAGAAUGGUGAAAUAAUAGCAACAAUUAAAUUCACAGUCUAUACAACAACUGAAUUGCAGAUGAGAAGAUUAAGCCGACCAGACACUGAUGCAGUGUUAGUUUUUGUGCUAACCAUAGGAGUCAUUAUCUGCAUAUUUGUGAUCUUUGUAUUGAUCUUCAUUAUUAUAAAUUGGGCGGCGGUGAAGGCUUUCUGGGGGGCGAAAGCCUCUACUACUGAGAUACAUUCUGACAUGAGUUCUGUGAGAUACAAAGAUUCGACAUCACUUGACCAAUCACCUGCAGAACUACCUGUACAUGAAGAUGAUGCCUUAAGUGAAUGGAACGAAUGA